CACACGCGGAAGACACUGCUGCCUAAAGCUGUGUAAAUGCAACGAAAAUAACAAACAAACAUGUGACAGAGUGUUUAAACACACAGAAAAACUCCUGGUAAAUCAACUGAGAUCCUUAUAAAGAUGGUGUUUAUUAAAGAGGAGAGUGAAGACAUGAAGAUUGAAGAAACAUUCACAGUCAAACUUGAAGAUACUGAGGAACAAACAGACAUUGUGGCAGUGAAAGUGGAGAGUCCAGAUCUGAAUGAAAUGGAAGAGAAAGAUAUGAAACAUCGUGAUUUCAUAACUGGAAAAAAAUCUUGUAGUUUUUCACAGACUGAAAAGUUUACCUCUCAAACAAGAGCUCAGAAGACUGGAACUACAAGUCAUUUCAUCUGCCAACACUGUGGAAAGAGUUUUAGUAAAAACGGAAACCUUAAAGUGCACAUGAGAAUUCACACUGGAGAGAAGCCGUACACAUGCCAGCAUUGUGGGAAGAGCUUCCUGCGAACAGAUGAUCUUAAGAGUCACUUGAGAAUUCACACUGGAGAGAAGCCGUUUGAAUGUGGUCAGUGUGGAAAGCGUUUCUCACAUAAAGCAACCGUUCAUAAUCAUAUGAGAAUUCACACUGGAGAGAAGCCGUUCACCUGCAAACUGUGUGGAAAAACCUUGAAUCGAAAAGGAAAACUCAAGAUUCACAUGAGAGUUCACACUGGAGAGAAACCUUACACAUGUGAUCAGUGUGGAAAAUGUUUCCCGUAUACAGAAAGCUUUAAAAAGCACAUGAAGAUUCACUUAAGAGAGAGCUGUUUUAUCUGCCAUCAGUGUGGAUUGAGUUUCACAGACAGGAAUCAACUUAAGAAGCACAUAAUGACUCACACUGGACAGGAGCCUUUUAUGUGUACUGACUGUGGAAAGACUUUCCUUAAAAAAGCAAACCUCGGGACUCACAUGAGAGCUCACACUUGAGAGAAGUUUUUCACCUGCCAACAAUGUAGAAAGAGUUUCAGACAUAAAACCCUUUAUACCCUUUAUGACAGUCACAGGUCUUUUGCAUGCAUCUUCAGUGUGAGUUUUAUAUA